AUGUCUCGAUUUUUGCCACCAGUAAUAAGAAGUCAUUCAUGUUGUGUUGAUAGUCACAAUUUACGCCUCACCACAGAACCUGAUGGAAGGCAACUAUAUACAUAUACAGUAACAUGGCAUGAUUUGCAACAAUCCGAGCAAUCAAAUUCUGUGAGUAACAUGGAGCUAAGAACUGCAUCUCCUCAAUUUUCAUUUAUGAGUGCGUCUCCAAGGCAAGAUACAUUCUCAGCAGGCAUACGCGUUGAGCCAAGUAAUGCCUCUAGGUUGCAAAUUCAGGAGUGCUAUUGUGAUGGACCAUGCGGAAAAAUUAAGCCAGUGAGUGAAAUGCGCAUUAUGGGCUUAUGCGAUCAUUACAUUUGUCGAGAUUGUUUCGAAAAAGCACCAGCUGUCAGAACCGCUGGUAGUUUUGGUUGUCCAAAUGUGUGCUGUUAUGAAACGGAUCUAGCAUUUUUGUGUAGAAGUGAUCAUCGACGUCGUCGCAAAAUUCAAGACAUUGUCGCCAUGCCUCUGCAUAGGACAAUCUCAACGAAUAAAAGUGAUCAAGGUAUAGUGCCAGUGGUAGUAAAAAGUAGGCCAUGCCUUUAUUUGGUGAACGUUCGCUUGACAACUUUCACACCGUUACAAAAUUCUGACAAAGUAUGUCGUCAGCAGCAAAUUAUGGAAGUAUACAGCGAUUACACAAUGUUGCAAACUUUAAAUACACUAAAGGAACACGAACGGUUCAACAGUUCGGAUAUCGCAAAUCGUGUAUAUUACUGCCCAAGUGGUCUCAUCGAUGAACGUUCAUCCUGGAAACAGAUUAUGGAAAAUGAUCUAUUGAUACCAAUUACAAAAUUUGGUCAGGAAGAUCAAUGCAUUGAUAUCAUUUUCGAUUCUACCAUUCGUUAA